AGGAAGCCCAAAUGAAUGUCGCCAGUUGAAGGCAAUCGCCGAGUAUUUUCCUGUCUCCGCGCCCAGGAGAGCAGACCAGGCGAAGGCCAAGCGCUAGAAAAAAACCGAAGAGAGCCAAAGAAAGUUCGAGGGAAAAUGGGUGAAGAAAACAAGCAAAUCCCUCCGCCGCAGUUCGAUCUGGAUGCAAAGUGGGAUGCCUGUCUCGAUUUGGGUCUCCGCCGAUUCGCCUACUCUUCCUUCGCCGGUGCCUUUGGUGGUCUCCUCCUCUUCCGGAGUCCUGUGACACGAUGGGCAUCAGUGGCUUUUGGGGCUGGAGUUGGUAUUGGAUCUGCAUAUACAGAGUGCUCUUACAUUUUUAAUAAACAUCCUGCAAAGUUGGUUGCGCCUGCAGUUUCAAAUAAUCCUGUUUCUCCAGAUGAACAGAACAGAGAUGAGAGUUGAUUGAAGACCCCUCAAGUUUUUGGGUUCAGAACCAGAGUGUUCCUUAUUCAUGUUGGUUUUUUUUUUUUUCCUGGGUUGAGUUCAUCAAUGUAUUUGAGAGAUUGAUCCGGAUGGUAAAUUAGUAACUCUGUACUGGAAGUUUCAUACCAAUUCCCUUAGCCAGGUAAUUAUACGACUUCCUGGGUCCUUUUAUGUCCACAUACAGGCACUGAAUAACAUGUUUUAUAGCUCAUCAGAGUAAAUUAAUACUUCUGAUGGAGACUUAAGGUCAGAUGCAGAUUGGAAAAGUGUGGGGGUUGGACAAAGCAUAAAGGCAUUUUUGUUUUUAAUGUUAGUUUUAACUUGGGCAA